AAUCAAAUGACAGUCUUGAUAAAGAGAGGGAAAGAACAAUAGGGUGAUGAUUAAUUUUUGAUAUUCAGUCUUGUUUCUGCUGUUCAUGAAGAAUCUUGAUCUGGGCUACUGUAAAAAUGCAAUCUUUACAGCAAUCCAGUGAUGCUGAUUUAGUUUCAGCUAAAACCACUCAUGUCGGCGGCGGCGGGGUGGUCCGGCAGUAGUAGCCGCCGAGAGAGGAGGUGAUGCACCGCCUUCCGCUAAUGGAAAUGAGAUUCAUGUUAAUAUGAAUGAGAAGGAUGAGAGGAGGGAUUCAGAUGUUUCAAGAGUGCUCAGUGGAGAUUGUGGAUCUGGAAUCUGGUGCAGAGGAAUCUAAGCUGCAUCUGAUUAGAAUCGUCAAGGAUUGCUGGAUUUGAAAUCUCAGCAGGGAUGCAACCAAUCAGGAAUCUAGGAUCCCUAUUGAGCUAGGUUGUUCUUGCAAAGAUGAUUUGGCUGCCUCCCACAAACAAUGUGCAGAAGCAUGGUUCAAGAUUAAGGGAAACAAUGCAAUGUUGAGUUGAGGUGGAUAAUGGAAAAAGCUUAGUUUGAAACAACUGUAACUUUUGGUGUGGUCUCAUGCAAAUUGUGGGGAAAGGGAAGAGCUGGAUCGGAGUCUCUUGCAGCUCGCGCCACAACAGAGUAUCCACCCUGAAUCUCUCUUACAUGAAUCUCUCCGGCACCAUUCCACCACAGCUCGGGCGCCUAACCUUUCUCGUCUCCCUCAACCUCACCAGCAACCACUUCACCGGAGCUUUGCCUCACGAGCUCUCUUUCCUUCACCGGUUAAAGAUCAUAUCCCUCCGUCGUAACAACUUCACCGGAGUCAUUUCUCCUCUCUUUGGUCAACUACCAAAGUUAGAGAGAUUGGACUUCCGCAACAACAGCUUCACAGGUUCCAUCCCCAAAUCUCUCUCAAACCUAACAAACCUACAAUUUCUUGGCAUAUCUUUCAAUACUCUGAGUGGAGAGAUCCCAAAGGAGUUAGGGAAACUCCAGAAUUUGCAAACUCUGGCGAUCGAAUUCAAUCAUCUCUCCGGCGCUAUACCAUCUGAGAUAUUCAACAUGUCGAAGCUCGUGAAUAUAGCGUUGACAGGAAAUGAAUUGAACGGAAGUCUUCCAGCAGACAUGUGCAGUAAUCUUCCAUUUCUUGGUGGGAUUUAUCUAUCCGUGAAUCAGCUGAGUGGCGCUAUUCCGAAAAAUCUAUCCGUAUGUUCACAGCUGCAGUUGUUGUCCCUAUCCUACAACUCUUUUAGUGGGCAGAUACCUGCAGAAAUCGGCUACUUAACAUCUCUGCGGAUAUUAAACCUCGGUGGUAACAAUUUGAGUGGUACACUACCUCCUGAGAUUGGCAAUGUUCAGAAUCUGGUUGGUUUUGGUUGUGAAAGAAAUCAGAUUGGGGGAUCAUUGAAUAUUCUCGUCAACAUGUCUUCUUUGCAAGAAUUAACACUACGGCGCAACAAUUUCACUGGGAAUCUUUCAAGGGAUAUUGGGAAUCUUACAAUGCUAACAAAGUUUGACAUCGGCGAAAACUACAUGACUGGGAUUAUUCCUGCUGAAUUUGGUCAACUAUACCAACUGGAGAGAUUAGUGUUAGGGUUGAACAGCUUCAGUGGACCUAUUCCACAUGAGCUCUUUAACAUUUCAACUCUUCAAAUCCUUGAUCUUGUUAAGAAUGAUAUAUCUGGAGUUCUUCCAACCAGUCUAUGCCAUACCUCUCCCAUUCUUGAAGUGCUUAAUCUUGCAGUUAAUUCAAUCUCUGGUCCAAUACCAAAUUCUAUAUCUAAUUGUUCCCAACUCAGAAUUUUCGCACUUAGUGCAAACAAAUUGAGUGGUUAUAUACCUGUUGAUCUCGGCAACCUAAGACUUCUCGAAGACCUUAGAAUAUAAUCCUCUAUACGGCACCAUUCCAGCGUCCAUUGGGAAUUUGUCUUCCUCACUUGGAAUAUUCAGAGCCGCCCGCUGCAAAUUAAAUGGCAGCAUUCCUGAUCAAAUAGGCAACUUAAGAAACUUGACGCUCUUGGCAUUAGAGGGCAAUGAGUUAUCUGGUAAUAUUCCCCUAUCCAUCAAACAUAUACAUAAUCUUCAAGGAUUAUAUCUUGAUGCUAACAAGUUGCAAGGCUCCAUUCCAGAGGUUGUAUGUGAUUUAUACUACCUUAAUUUAUUAAGUAUUGGCCAAAACCAAUUAUCAGGUUCAAUUCCUACAUGUUUGGGAAAGAUCUCUUC